UGGAGGAGGCUCUUGCUAAGGGGUCGUAUGAGGUCUCCGUACGAUACCCUGUCAAAGGUGGUCUUUUCAACGAGACCGUCGGUGGUGAUGACAUGCUUGCUCAGGCUAUGCCUGAGUAUGAUCGCCAGUAUCUCGGCCGACAAGGCCAGCAUGUUCGGCUGUACGACGGAGGGAUGGACUAUGUCGUCCAGGGUGCCCUAAUGCUGCGGGAGCAGCACUGGAGACAGGAAGCCGAAAUAGAGCGGCUAAAGAAGAUGGAGGCAAAGGCUGUCUCGGCCGAUGAGGCUCUCCAAGAUCUGAGGGACAAGGCCAAGGCCGCGGAGGGUGAAAUGAAGCUCCUUCAGCUGCGUCUUGAUGAGGCCGAGUCAGCCCGGAGAAAAGCUGAUGAGGCCGUUGCCGUUGCCGUCCAAAGAGCCGAGGAGGCGGAGCGGCUCAAAGCCGAGGCGGAGGGGGCUGCUGAGAAGGCCGUAGCCGACUUCAAGGCCGAGGGGUGGAAAGCCGAGGACCAGCUCCCCUUCUGCUAUGAGGUGGUUGCUGAGAGGUUGAAUGAUUGGACGACGAAGGACCCCGCCGGCCAAGAAUUCUGGAUGAACGAGAUGCAAGCUUUCUACGACUGUGGUCAGUACAGAAUGCAGAAGCUGAUCUACAGGAAGCUUCGUCGUCGCUUCCGGAAGAUGAGGCCGAGGGGUCUGAGUCUCCCUCGGCGAAUGAAGAAUCCUGACGAGGAUUUGAAACUCCCCCUGUUGGAGAGGCAGCCCCUGAUCCUAAGUUCGUCUGAAGGGGAAGAGUCGUGGAGUGAUAGUGACGACUAUUUGCUCGAAGGGCCUGCCGACUCCCAAGCCGAUGAGGGUGGUGGUGAUGAUGAUGCCGAUGACGGCCACGGCGACGGUGCUGUUGAUGGUGGAGUGCCAGCUAAUGUUGUAGCUUAGUAUUUUUUUUGUAUUAGUUUUUUGUAGCCAUAGCACUGAAGUGCAUGUAAUGGCCGAAGUGCCCACCUCUUGUAUCUUUUCA